UUUGGAAUGACUAGAAUUGGCGUGGCUGAUUCUUACGUUGUUAGCUGAACAGCGUGAGAGUUUUACCUGUGUUUCCCCAUUAUUUGGAUAUUACAUUUAUUCCCUUGGAUUCUUUUUUCAAAAGUAGUUGUGGUCAUAUGCGUAAGGUGUAGUGAAGCAUAAUUACCUCAAAAUGUUGAAAUUUAUGCGUGGGAAGAGCCACCAUUUGAGUGCUGAAAGACUGAGAUUGAAUAAAGAACUCUUUUCUUUUGUGAAGACUGUGCCUCAUGGUUUUCCUCACAGACCUAGUGCUUUGGCAUGGGAUGCCAAACUGCAGCUUCUAGCUAUUGGCACAAAAAGUGGUUCUAUUAGAAUAUAUGGCACUCCUGGAGUAGAAUUUGAAGGAAAGCACAAGGAAGAAACCUGUGUGACAGAACUCUUCUUUUUGCCGGGCCAGGGUCGAUUAAUCAGCCAAUGUGACAAUAGCUCCUUGCAUCUUUUUGAAUUAAAUGAAAAAGAUGGCAAAUGGGAAUUGGAAGAAGUUAAAUCUUGUUCAUUUCAAGGAAGGUUAAAAAAGAUCACAACGUGCUGCCUACCUUCUAAUGGGGAGCAACUUCUAAUAGGAACAGACAGUGGCAACAUCUAUUCUCUGGAUGUCAAGUCAUUUGAAAUGACUGAUCAUAUAAUCUAUCAAGAGGUAGUGAUACAGAAUGUUCCUGAUGAUUAUAAAUUAAAUCCUGGCUCUGUCGAAGCGAUUGCGGAACAUCCUUUAAACUCGGAUAAAAUAAUUAUUGGUUAUAAUAGAGGUGUAAUGGUUCUGUGGGAUAAUAAGACUUUAAAUCCUGAGAAAACUUACAUUGGCAGCCAACAACUGGAAUCUGUAUCAUGGCAUCGUAGUGGGACUAAAUUUAUGAGUUCACAUAAUGAUGGCAGUUACGUUAUUUGGAGCUCUACUGAUUCGACAAAGGCAGAAGAGUCUCCAGCACCACCAUAUGGACCAUUCCCUUGCAAACCCAUAACAAAAGUUUUGUGGCGAGCUGUAAAAGGCGGGGAGGAUUUUACUAUAUUUUCUGGAGGAAUGCCACGGGCUAGUUUUGGUGACAAACAUACAGUGACUGUUUUAUGUGGUGAUAAACAUCAAGUUUUAGAUUUUACAUCUAAAAUAGUGGACUUCUUCACCAUCUGUCAUGGGGAUGAAGAAUCUGAGUAUGACAAUCCCCAUACUCUUGUGGUUUUGGCUGAAGAGGAAAUUGUUCUGAUUGAUUUGGAAUCCGAUGACUGGUUACCUUUCAGACUACCUUAUUUAUCUAGUUUGCAUCUAUCUUCUAUAACUUGUACUCAGCACUGUAAUAAUGUACCUCAGGAUUUGUGGAAUAGUAUUAUCACAUCUGGAAAUAAGCAAGUAUCUGGAAAAUAUACUGAAAGAGAAUGGCCUAUCACGGGUGGAAUAAAUUUGUUAGAAGAACCAACUUCUCACAAUCUUUUACUUACUGGGCAUGAAGAUGGGUCUGUAAGAUUUUGGGAUGCUUCAGAUGUCGCCUUGUCUCAUCUUUACACUAUUCAUACAUCAAAUUUAUUUGUGGGCGAGGAAGGAGAGCCACCAGCUGAGGAAGAGGAAUGGCCACCAUUUAGAAAGGUUGGAAGUUUUGAUCCAUAUAGUGAUGAUCCCCGCCUAGCUGUGAAGAAAACUUUGUUAUGUGUCUCAACUAAGACCCUUAUUGUAGCAGGAACUGCGGGUCAGAUUAUUUUAUUCGAGUUGAAAGAUGAGGAGAUAGAAAAAGAAUUGGAAGUACACUCAGUAAAUAUUGUGAGUGAUCGAGAUAAUUUUGUCUGGAAGGGUCAUGACCAACUAACCCUUAAACAUGGGUCUUUAAAAUUUGAGUCUGGUUUUGUACCCAGUGUUAUAGAGCAACUAACUCCUCCUGCUGCUGUGACUGCCAUAGCUCUACAUACUGAAUGGGGAUUAUUGUCUGCUGGCACUGCCCAUGGAUUUGCUCUUUUUGAUUAUAUUCAGAAGAAGCCUGUCAUUUCUAAAUGUACUUUAAAUCCAAAUGAUCUUUUGGCUGUUGGGGACAUAGCAAUGUCCAGGAAAAAAUCAUUCAAAAAGUCUUUAAGGCAGUCAUUUCGAAGAUUACGUAAAGGUCGUUCUCAACGUGGUAAACGAGAUAAAACUCCCACCAGGUCUCCCGUAGAAGAAGUUAAAAGCCCCCCGAAAGAAACCUCAGCUGAGGUGGAGUCUGCUGCGUCACCUAUCUUAGAAACAAAACCAGUAGAGAGACAAGUAGAAGCUCGUUCGGCAGAGGAUAGCAUGGGCUCCAUGGUUCGCUGCCUAUACCUAGCACAAACCUUUAUAAUAAAUAAUGCUACAACGUCAUCAACUUUAUGGGCUGGAACAAAUGCUGGUGCAAUUUUUGUUUUCACAAUAUCUCUACCAAAGGAAAACAGAGAAACAGAGCCUGUGACUUGUCAGCUAGGAAAGGAAAUCCAGUUGAAGCAUAGAGCCCCAGUAAUAGCAAUUCAAAUCCUGGAUGGCUUGGGCCAUCCUUUGCCUGAGCCUUUUGAAGUUGAAAGUAAUAGAGCAAAGGCUCCAGAUCUGACUGGAAAUCAUCGGGUUAUUAUCUGCUCUGAAGAACAGUUUAAGGUAUUUACCUUACCAAGUUUGAAACCCUAUUGUAAAUUUAAGUUGACUGCAAAUGAAGGAUCUAGAGUAAGAAAAGUGGCUAUGAUAAAGUUUACAAGCAAAAGUGAUGAAAAUUACAGUGAAAACUGUAUGACAUGCCUAUCUAAUCAGGGUGAAGUCAGCAUAUUUACAGUCCCAGACCUAAGGAGACAACAAGCUUAUAAUUGUCUAAAGCGUGAGGACAUUAAUGGUAUUUCUAGUGUGGUCUUCACAAAGCGUGGUCAAGCUUUUUAUUUGCAUUCACCAUGUGAAUUUCAGCGUUUUACCCUCAGUGCUAGAGACAUAUUGGAAACAAAGUGUAAAAUAGAGCUUCCUGAAGGUGCAAGGCCACCUCUUUUGAUUGAAUCGGAGCAACCAAAAGAAGUGACAGAAAACAAUGUUGAAAAUGCUGAACAAGAAAAAACAACUGACAUAACAGAAUCUGAGAACAAAGCAAAUGAGGAUGAAAAAAUGGAUGUUUCUGAGAACAAACCUGAGACAAAUGUUUCUCAAGAUGAAAGUAAAGGAGAGUUGGACAUCACAGUUGACAGUGUCAAGGAUCACUUAGCCAAUCUUUGUACAGAAGGUGUGACAACUGUCAUUGAAAAAGCUGAGUCAUCAAAAGUAGUUCAAGAAUCAGUGACCAAAAUAUCUUCUACAGUAGUCUCUACAAAAGAAACUAUUGUGAAUGCUAAAGAGUCUGUUAUUAGUACUUCAGAAAAUGCUGUGGAGUCUGUUAUGAAUGCCACAGAAAAUGCUAGAGAGGCUUUCUUGAAUGCCACAGAGAAUAUGAAGGGAAUGGUCUCUAGCACAAAGAGCAGUGCUAAAGAAACAAUUGUAACAACAAAGGAGACAGUUUUAAAUGCUACAUCAAAUGCAUGCAGUACGGUGACAGGAAGAUUGGACAGGGUUGCAGAUGGACAAACUGUGGAUCAUGCUCUGAAUGCGAUUGCACUAACAUCCCUUAGCCGGUCACCAAGAUCUGCACAUUCUUCAAAGGUCAGAUAUCUCUUGAAGUUUAUGCAAAUAGCAUGGAUUUUGAUUAUUUUUAUUCCACAUUUGUUAGAUUGCUUGUGUAAAAUGCACUGUGUGAUUUCUUGUUAUUUAUGUAUACCAUCCAUGUAAAGGAUGGUAUAGUUA